AUCUCAUAAAGUGAUAAAACAAGUAUUUUCAACUCAACAUUGUGCAUUUAAACUGAAUUUGAGUGAAUUACUACUACUACCGUUUGUUUUCGUAGUGGUAAAUUCGUUGUAAACAAACCUUGACUUUGAUUAAUUCAUAAUCACAAGUCGGUGAAAAUGUGGUGGCUUCUAAUCGCUGCCUUCACACUUCUAUACGCUUUGUACAUCCGUUUAAAGAAGAAAAAUGAAUAUUGGAUCAAAAAAGGGGUCAAACAAGGAUCCCCUGUUCUCAUAUUUGGUGACAAAUGGCGAGCAAUUGCUCACAAUGAGUCUUUGGCAGACAUGGUUCAAAAAAUCUACAACGUGGGACCAGGCGACAGAUACUGCGGGGCUUAUGACUUCAUGUCACCAGCCCUUGUACUAAAAGACCCGGAGCUCAUUAAAGACAUUCUAGUCAAAGAUUUUGACCAUUUUGUUGACCACAAACGGGUCAUUCCAGAAGGCAGUGAUCCAAUUUGGGACAAAAACUUGUUCUUUCUAACUGGGCAAAAAUGGCGCGAUAUGCGCUCAACUCUCAGCCCAGUUUUUACAGGAUCCAAAAUGAGGUUUAUGUUUAAUUUAAUAGCGAAAAGUGCAGAUCAGUUUGUGCAGCAUUUCGUCAAACAGGAAGAAACGUUGAUACAAAUAGAAAUGAAAGAUGCCUGCGCUAGACUAACCAAUGAUAUAAUCGCAAGCACAGUUUUUGGUUUUGAGAGUGAUUCGGUCGAAGACCCUGACAGUAAAUUUUAUGAGAUGGCGAGGAAAAUCACUGAUUUUAGUGGCCUUUGGCAAGGUCUCAAAAUCCUGGGUUUUUUCAUUUUUCCGAAGUUGUAUAAAACUUUGAAAAUCAAAAUUUUGUCAACCGAAAUCUCGAACUUCUUUUACAACAUUGUUAAAGAAAACAUCAGAAGUAGACAAUUACAAAACAUUUCGAGACCUGACAUGAUCAGUCUAUUGAUGGAAGCCCGUGAAAACCACAAAUUAAUCCACGGUGUUGAAAUAAGUGACGAAGAUGUGACUGCUCAAGCCCUUGUCUUUUUCUUCGCUGGGUUUGACUCAGUUUCCUCUUUGAUGACUUUCAUGUCGUACGAAUUGGCCUUAAAUCCCGAAAUUCAGAAGAAAUUAAUUGAAGAAAUCGACACGACUACCAAAACUCUAGACUACGAUGUGGUCAAAAGCAUGAAAUAUUUGGACAUGGUGGUUUCAGAAACUUUACGGAAAUGGCCUAUUACGCCCUUUGUAAACCGCGUUUGCACAAUCCCUUACACAGUCCAGCCCAAAAGACCAGACGAAAAUCCCAUACACUUAAAAAAAGAUGCAAUCGUGUUUCUGCCAAUUUAUGGACUUCAUCAUGAUCCCAAAUAUUUCAAGGACCCGGAACGCUUCGAUCCGGAACGAUUUAGUGACGAAAACAAGGCGAAAAUAGUGCCGUACACGUACGUGCCUUUUGGGGCAGGACCAAGGAAGUGUAUUGGCUACAGAUUUGCGUUACUGGAGAUAAAAAUUUUAUUCUUUUUUUUGUUAUCUAAAUUUGAGAUUGUGACGGUGGACAGAACCGAAAUUCCGGUAAAAAUAUGCAAGAAAGCCCUCAAUAUGACCCCCGAGGGCGGCUUGUGGCUGGGCUUAAAGCCACGGAAAUAAAUAUUAUUAAACAUGGCUUAAAUAUGAAGCAAAAAAGUAACGUAAUAAAAGUGAGAUAGGUUUA